CAGCCAGCUCUGACACAUUAACACGGUCAAGAAGAAGAGCAGCAGAGGCAGCAGCAAAAGAGUUUUCCUGGUCUCGCCGCAAUUAAUUAGUGUUUUCGCAGACAGCCAUAGUUUGCCCAAACCGUGGAAGAUGCCUCUCAAACUGGACAUCAAGCGUCGCCUGACGUCGCGAUCGGAUCGGGUCAAGUGCGUUGAUCUCCAUCCGGCGGAGCCGUGGAUGUUGUGCGCCCUGUACAAUGGCCACGUACACAUCAUGAAUUACGAGAAUCAGCAAAUGGUAAAGGAUUUCGAGGUCUGCGACGUGCCUGUGCGCUCCGCCCGCUUCGUGGCACGCAAGAACUGGAUCCUUACCGGAUCGGAUGACAUGCAAAUCCGGGUGUUCAACUACAACACGCUUGAGAAGGUGCACUCGUAUGAGGCUCAUUCGGACUACCUUCGUUGCAUUGCGGUGCAUCCUACACAACCAUUGGUACUGACAAGCAGUGAUGACAUGCUCAUUAAACUUUGGAACUGGGAGAAGAUGUGGGCCUGCCAACGUGUUUUCGAGGGUCAUACGCACUAUGUCAUGCAGAUCGUGUUCAACCCGAAGGAUAACAACACCUUCGCCUCUGCUUCCUUGGAUCGCACGGUAAAGGUAUGGCAACUGGGUUCGAACUUUGCCAACUUUACGCUAGAGGGACAUGAAAAGGGCGUUAACUGUGUGGACUACUACCAUGGUGGCGACAAACCCUAUCUUAUUUCUGGCGCCGACGAUCGAUUGGUAAAGAUUUGGGACUACCAGAACAAAACCUGCGUGCAAACUUUGGAGGGACACGCGCAGAACAUCUCAGCCGUUUGCUUCCAUCCAGAAUUGCCCAUCGUUUUGACAGGAUCCGAGGAUGGUACCGUUCGUAUUUGGCACUCAGGAACUUAUCGCCUGGAGACCUGUCUUAACUAUGGCUUUGAGCGUGUUUGGACUAUUUCCAGUAUGAGGGGUACAAACAACGUGGCCUUGGGUUACGACGAGGGUUCCAUCAUUAUUAAGGUAGGCCGCGAGGAGCCGGCAAUGUCGAUGGACGUGGUCGGAGGCAAGAUUAUCUGGGCUAAGCAUUCGGAAAUGCAGCAGGUCAACUUAAAAACAAUUGCCGAUGGAACAGAAAUUAAGGAUGGCGAGCGCUUGCCUGUGGCCGUAAAGGAUAUGGGAGCUUGCGAGAUCUAUCCGCAGACUAUUGCCCACAACCCCAACGGUCGUUUCGUCGUAGUUUGCGGUGACGGAGAGUAUAUUAUUUACACAUCGAUGGCGCUGCGAAACAAGGCCUUCGGGUCCGCCCAAGAAUUUGUGUGGGCGCUGGAAAGCAACGAGUAUGCCAUCAGGGAGAAUAACGGCACCGUUCGCCUCUUCCGCAACUUUAAGGAGCGCAAGAGUUUCACCCCUGAGUACGGAGCAGAAAGCAUAUACGGUGGCUACUAUUUUGGCGUAAAGACCUCCUCCGGAUUAGCUUUCUACGACUGGGAGACAUUACAGCUGGUGCGACGCAUAGAGGUCCAGCCAAAGAACGUGUUUUGGAACGAGAGUGGUAGCCUAGUAUGUCUGGCCACAGAUGACUCUUAUUUUGUUUUAGGUGUGGACACAGCUCAGGUUGCCAAUGCUGUUGAGUCCAAGGAAGGGUUAGAAGAUGACGGUGUGGAAAGUGCCUUCAACGUAUUGGGCGAGGUUUCGGAGUGCGUCAAGACAGGCUUAUGGGUUGGCGACUGCUUUAUCUACACCAAUUCAGUAAACCGCAUUAACUACUAUGUAGGUGGAGAGAUCGUAACAGUAUCCCACUUGGAUCGCACAAUGUAUCUGCUGGGUUAUGUGCCCAAGGACAACCGCAUAUAUCUGGGUGACAAGGAGCUGAACGUGAUCAGUUUCUGCUUGCAGCUAUCCGUGCUGGAGUACCAGACGGCGGUGAUGCGCCGAGACUUCGAACGCGCGGACAUAGUGCUACCCACCAUUCCUAAGGAGCACAGAACCCGCGUGGCACACUUUUUAGAGAAACAGGGCUUCAAGUCCCAGGCACUGCAAGUAUCUACCGAUGCCGACCACAAGUUCGACUUGGCCCUGCAGAUAGGAGAGUUGGAAAUUGCCCUUAAGCUGGCCCGCGAGUCGGAGAAUUCCCAGAAGUGGUCCCAGCUGGCGGAUGUGGCAGCGAGCAAGAACAAUAUGGCUUUGGUAAAGGAAUGUAUGCAGAAGGCGAACGAUUUCAGCGGUCUUUUGCUGCUUUCAACCGCUUCUGGAGAUGCUCAGUUGCUUGAAGAUGUUGGCACCGCCGGUUCGAUACAGGGACGCCACAAUCUCGCCUUCCUGGCAGCCUUCCUGCGUUCGGACGUGCAACGUUGCUUGGAGAUUCUCAUCGAUACUAACCGCCUACCAGAGGCAGCGUUCUUUGCCCGCACCUACCUGCCAAGCGAGAUGUCGAGGAUUGUGGAGCUGUGGCGCGAAAAGCUUGGCAAGGUCAAUGAAAAGGCUGGUCAGUCGCUAGCUGAUCCGGCUCAGUAUACAAAUCUCUUCCCGGGCUUGGGCGACGCGCUGCGCGUGGAGCAAAAUUUGCAGGAGGAGCGGGCACGUAAGGCGCCGGCGCGCCUAGCCGCGCAACUGCCCCUGAACAGCGAGCGAAAUCCCCUCCAGGAACUUAUUGCCGCCGAGCAGGGUGGUGCCGGUCAACAGCCGGAGGAGAAGGUGAAGCCAACUUUCGUUCCCGCUCAAGCUGCUAUUCCCAGCAGCCAGGUGGCCGAGCCUACCUCCGCCGCGGAUGACGACGACGAUUUAGACUUGGAGAUAGAUGGCAUCACGUUGGAUGACAAUAUUGAUACGACAGAUGUGAACCUGGAUGACGACUUUUUAAGCGACGAUUAGGGCGGGAUCGAAUCCAGAUCUAGAAUACCAUAUAAAACUAUCGUUUACUGCUACGGGAGUCCCACAUUUUGAGCCACAGAAUUCCGCGCAUACAUUCACAUUUGAUUUGAUUGAAUGUUCUUUAAAUAUAUAUCUAUUAAUAUUAUGUACAACAGUAAUGGAGCAAAAACUGCAAUAAAUACUUAUACAACAAAUUCAAA